CCCGCCGCAGCCGUCGGGUCGCGGCUCCGUUCCGGGCUCGGGCCGUUGCAGCGGUCCGGACACGUGGCGCGGCGGUGCGGCCCGGCAGGGUGGCAUGGCCGCAGCGGCCGAGGCGGCAGGCGGCAGCAGCAGCAGCCGCCACGAGAAGAGCCUGGGGCUGCUGACCACCAAGUUCGUGUCGCUGCUGCAGGAGGCCAAGGACGGCGUGCUGGACCUCAAAGCGGCUGCUGAUACCCUUGCUGUGAGGCAGAAGAGAAGGAUCUAUGAUAUCACCAACGUUUUGGAGGGAAUUGAUCUCAUUGAGAAGAAGUCAAAAAACAGCAUUCAGUGGAAAGGAGUAGGUGCUGGCUGCAAUACAAAAGAAGUCAUAGACAGGCUGAGGUAUCUGGAAGCUGAAAUUGAAGAUCUAGAGCUAAAAGAAAAAGAAUUGGAUCAGCAGAAACUGUGGCUUCAGCAAAGUAUCAAGAAUGUCAUGGAUGAUUCUACAAACAACCAAUUCUCAUAUGUCACCCAUGAAGAUAUCUGCAACUGCUUCAAUGGAGACACACUUCUAGCAAUUCAAGCACCUUGUGGUACACAGUUAGAAGUACCUAUACCCGAAAUGGGACAGAAUGGACAGAAAAAAUACCAGAUCAAUCUUAAAAGUAGUUCAGGACCUAUCCAUGUGCUGCUUAUAAAUAAAGAAUCGAGCUUCUCCAAGCCCAUGGUGUUUCCAGUUCCUCCACCUGAUGACCUCGCACAGCCCCCAUCACCGCCUGCAGCUCCAGCAGCUCCGCUUAAACCUGCUGCAGCUCCUGAGAAUCCACCAGAACAACAUGACCUGAACCAAGCACAAGAGUUACCACAAGCAUCUGUUGUGGACACGCCAUCAGACAGCAGCACAGAGCAGAACAGUGCAACCCCAGCAGCUCCUUACUCCAGCCUUCCAGAGUCGGUGUUGUACUCCAGCCUUGCAGGCGAUGUCGCCCAAGCUACAGCUGGUUCUAACGACUACCAGGGCUUGUUGCCCCUGGAUGUUAACUGUAUUCUCAAGGCAAACUCAUUCGACUUAGCAAAGAUGGAAGAGCCCACAGGGAUUGGUGGGGAUCUUAUUGAUGAACUCAUGUCUUCUGACGGCUUCCUGCAGGUGCUUUAAGUAAACAUUUUGGAACAUACUGACAUGCCUGCAUUCAGACUAGUAGAGAGCAGCUGUGGUACCCAUUUCUGCUCUUGCACCUUGGUGGCUGUACGAGUGCAGAACUGAACAACAGCUAGUGAGUUCAUGUGCUCCCUGCCUCUCUGCUCCAUCUCACUGAGGUGCCAAGCAAAGAGGUGAACUCGGUUGGCAUUGUUCCUCUUGCCCUCUGCUAUGUAAGCAGCCUCUGCUUACCUGCCUUUCAAGCAGACAACCUCAGGGCUUAUCCAGAAAGAACCAUGUAAUUAUAAGAUCUGAGGGGCAAGAUGGGAUUAUGCGAAUGUGCUAAUAUAUGGCUAAAAUGGACAUAGUCUUUGCUUAUAGAGCAGGUACAGCAUGCCCAGCUCCUCUGCGCUAGGUUAGUGCUCCCUGAGAUGCAGCAUGAGGGCUGGGGUUUCUCUUCUUGCAUUCCCUCCCCAAAGAUGGCUUCAAGUCCAUGCUUGAAAUGCAGUGCACAGAGAAACUGCUAGCUGCAAGCCUCCUUUUUUUUUUUUUCCUGUAAAACAGGGAUAAUUAUAACUUACUUAAAAUGAUAAAUACUUGAAGGCUGAUAUAGGCGAUACUUUAAGAAGGUGAAGGAAUAUAAACGUGAAUGAUGGCUUUCACAUGAAAGUUUCAAAAGCUACUCAGGAACUCCUUUGCUGCAGAAGGAGAAAUUAAGUCCAUGUUCCACAGAUAUCACUCAAUUCCAGGAAAUUCACUUGAAAUACUAAGCAAAACACAUCAACAUGUCACUGCCUUAGUUUGAAUGAAGGCAGUACAGGUAUUCACAGUAUGUAUCUUAGCAUGCUUGUCAGAUUAUCAAGACUAUUUUAAUUAUUAAGACUAACCCUGAUACUGGUCAUGACAAACAUACUGAAUUAUGAGAUAGGGCUGAUAUUCCAAAAGUGUUUUAACUUAAACUAAACUAUUCCUGCUUUACAGUUUUUCCUCUCUUACGACUCUCUCCUACUCCCGGAGAUGACUACAACUUUAACCUGGAUGAUAAUGAAGGAGUCUGUGAUCUCUUUGAUGUGCAGAUACUAAAUUAUUAGCUAUUGUGUCAACCAGACUACUUAUCUACCUCUAACUACUUAUCUACAUUCUAGACUUCUUCAUAACCUAAGUAUUUGAAUAAUGAAUGUAUAACUUCUUAGUUCACUGACUCUGGGAGUAUAUUUCCUUUUGCUUCCUUUAACUACUUCACAAAACAGAUUUAACAACGAGAAAAAGGGGCUUUUAUCAAAAAUUCUGGCACGUUUUUUCACCUGUGUGUCCUUUGUGUAAUCCAAUUAUUUGGAGUUUUCUUCAGUAAGAAAAGUGAACAUGUUUUGUAGCCUUCUGAUCAUUUUCAAAAAUGAUUAGGCUUCUUGCUCACAGUUAACAGCGUUUUCUUUGAAGCUUUACUGCCUAGAAACUUUCUAUAUCUUAACCUUUCAAACAAUUUUGAAGCUUUCACUGCCAAGCUGAAAAGUGAAGGACAUCAACUCGAGUUAUGCUAAAUUGUUUCAGUGAACCAAUUUUGUGAAGUGCCUUCUGUUUUAGCACUUUAAGUUUCUCACACUGACUUCUGACAUUCCACUUUCCUAGAUGAUAGGAAAGGUCUGUUUGUAGUUUGUAUUAAAAGUGUGCCAAUACUUGUAUAUUAACAAGAUUUUUUAAUAAAAUUGUACAAACAAA